UGCCCGGGGAGCGCGCCGCAGAUCCACUGCGGCCGCCACCGCCGCCGCACCAUGGCCGAGCCGCCCGCGCCCCCGGAGGCGUCGGGCGCCGUGCCGUGCCGCCUGCAGUACCUGGAGGACGCGGACCCCUUCUCCUGCGCAGCCUUCCCGGAGCCGCGCCGCCCGCCGGCCCAGCCCGUCCUGGAGGCGCUGCCGCUCGCCGCGCAAGUGCCCGCCUUCCUCCGCCUGCUGGGCGCGCCGCUGCGGCUGGAGGACUGCGCCGUGCAAGUGUUGCCCUCUGGACACUAUUUGGACCUGGAACUUUCACUGCUGGAGCAGAAGGAUGAGCUGGAAGGGUUCUAUGAAGACAUCAGCAAAGGGAGGCGGCCAAUCCUGCUUCUGCGCACACAGCUCUCGGUCCGAGUGCACGCCAUCAUCGAGAAGCUGUACCAUUCAAAGGGUCCCGAGCUGAGGCGUUCUCUCUUCUCCCUGAAGCAGCUUUUCCAGGAUGAUAAGGACCUGGUGCCUGAGUUUGUGAACUCUGAAGGGCUGACGUGCCUCAUCUCGGUGGGAGCCGAGGCUGACCAGAACUACCAGAACUACAUCCUGCGGGCGCUCAGCCAGAUCAUGCUCUUUGUGGACGGAAUGGUGGGGGUGAUCCAGCACCCGGUGACCGUGCAGUGGCUCUACACCCUGACGGGCAGCUUGUAUCGCCUGGUGGUGAAGAUGGCCUUGAAACUGCUCCUGGUCUUUGUGGAGUUCACGGAAUCCAAUGCCCAGUUGCUGAUCCAGGCAGUUGUGACUGUGGAGCAGGCCAGAGGUGGGUUUCCGUGGUCUUGCCUCGUGGCCAUCCUGGAGCAGAAGAAUGGGGCCGACACUGAGCUGCAGGUGUUUGCGAUGACGCUCAUCAACAAGACGUUGGCUGCCCUCCCCGAUCAGGACUCCUUCUAUGACGUGACUGACUGCCUGGAGCAGCAGGGCAUGGAGCAGCUCAUCCAGGCACACCUGGCCGGGAAGGGCACCGACCCAGACCUGAGGCAGCAGCUCGCCAUCUACGAGAAUUCCCUCAAAGAGGAGGAUGGGGUGGAAGAGCCUCUGCCGGGCACCCGGGCCAAGGAGCAGAGGAAAGGGGAGGAUGGCCGACGGGGAGCCCGGCGCUCCCUCAUCUGUGCUGCGGCCCCGGAGGAGGGUGUGGGCGCUCCUGCUGCAGAUGCCGUUCCCAGCCUUCCGCGGGCUCUGGGCCUGGAGGAGGCGAGCCGUGAGCAGCCGCCCAGCUUGAGGGGCACCUACAGCAGCUCCUCCCGCAUGCAGCUGUCUGCACCGCCGGUCCCCGGGGAAGGAGAGCCGCUGGCCAGCCUGGGCGAGAGGAGCGUCUUCAAAGCCCGCUUCUUGGAAAAUCUGGCUGCCUCUCAGAAGGAGAAGAUCUUUGCCAUCACCCGGGGACGAGCAGAGAUCCUUGCCGAAGCUGUCCCAAGCGCUGAGCAGGUUGUCCCAGAUCCCGAGAGCGUUCCGUGUGGCAGCGGAGGGGAUCUCCGGGGCGGCGCUGCCUCCGAGGAGAAGCUCACGCUCGAGGCGCCCUUCGCUGGUAAGAGCCAGCCAGCCACGGAGAGGACGUCGCUCUUCCCAGCAGAGCCGGGCUCGGGAGGAACGGGGAGGCAGGCUGGCCAGGAGGAGCGGGGCCGGAAGAGGGCCGGGCAGGAGACGGACCGCCUGGCCCUCUCCUCGCGGAGCUGGUCCAGCCUUGAAGCCGAAGCCAGCCUGCAGAGUCUGGAGAGGACCCAGGCGACGACGGGGGGUCUGCCGGAGCUUGGCCCUGAGCUUCUGAAGAUUAGGGACCUCGACUUCUCAGACCUGGGUGAGGAGGAGGAGGAUUUUGAGGUACAGGAAGCCAAGAUGGUCGAGGUGGCCUCGCCCCGUGUGGCUCCAGGAGCAGUUGAGGGCCUGGCUCCGCCCCUGAUUCCUGGUUGCCCCACUCCUCCCCCGCCACCUCCUCCAGCUCCUCCCCCCCCAGCUGGUAUACCUGGUCCCCCUCCCCCCCCACCCUUCCACAGCCCCCUUCCUGGGGGAGAAGCCAGCUGCCCCGCAAAGAAAAAGAGGACCGUCAAGCUCUUCUGGAGGGAACUGAAAGACACAGAUGGCUCUGCCAGAGAGAGCUGGUUUGGGCUGGCCACUCUGUGGGCAUCCCUGGAGAAGGUGGAGGUGGACCCUGCCAAGCUGGAGCAUCUCUUUGAGUCCAAGGCAAAGGAGGCGCCAAGCUCUAAGAAAGCUGUGGAUGGAAGAAAGCUGAUUGUGGUCCUGGAUCCCAAGAGGAGCAAUGCCAUUAAUAUUGGCUUAACGGUGUUGCCUCCCAUCCAUGUCAUCAAGACAGCCAUUCUCAGCUUUGAUGAGUUUGCAAUUAAUAAGGAAGGGAUUGAGAAAAUACUGACCAUGGUCCCAACAGAGGAAGAGAAGCAGAGGAUCCAGGAGGCACAACUGGCAAGCCCUAGUCUCCCACUGGGGUCAGCUGAGCAAUUCCUCCUCACGCUCUCCUCGAUCCCAGAGCUUACUGCUCGGCUCCAGUUGUGGGCAUUCAAGCUGGACUAUGACACCCUGGAGCAGGAAAUUGUAGAGCCUCUGUUUGACCUGAAGCUCGGGAUGGAGCAACUAGCCAAAAACCAGACUUUCAGGUGUAUCCUUGCCACCCUUCUAGCCAUGGGCAACUUCCUGAAUGGAUCCCAGAGUCGAGGGUUUGAACUCAGCUACCUGGCCAAGGUGUCGGAGGUAAAAGACACAGUUCACCGGCAGAGCCUCUUACACCACCUGUGCCACUUUGUGGUGGCGAAGUUCCCAACCACCACAGACCUCUACUCAGAGAUCGCUGCCCUCACUCGCUGUGCAAAGGUUGAUUUCGAGGCGCUGGCAGAAAGUCUCCUGCAGCUGGAGCAGCGGUGCAAGGCUUCCUGGGAGAACCUGAAGGCCAUUACAAAACACGACUGCAAGCCGGCACUGAAGAACAAACUGACAGACUUUCUGCGGGCCAGCACGCAGAAGAUCGGCAUCCUCAAGACUGUCCACCGGCGGGUGUUGAGCAGGUUCCGCUCCUUCCUCCUGUUCCUGGGCUACGAUGUGCCCUUGGUGCAGAACACGAAGGUUACCAGCUUCUGCCAGCUCCUGCGGGAGUUUGCCCUGGAGUACCACACCUGCCGAGAGCGCGCCCUGCAACAGCAGAAGAAGCGGGCAGUGUGUCGGGAGAGGAACAAGACGCGGGGCAGGAUGAUUACCGAGAUGGAGAGGUUUGCUGCCAUCAGCAAGAGUGAAGACAGCCCUGCCCCUGCUGUGCUCUCUGCCAGCCCAGAGCAAAGGGAUGAGGCCAGCCAUAAAGACAUGGCCAGCUUGCUGGUCUCCCCAGCAGAAGGCCCCGGCCACCGCUCCCGGGCCAGCAGAGGUGUCGGGAAGCAGAGUCCCACCGGAGAGCCUGCCCCCCCAGAGGAAGCCUCCAGCUCUCCCGAAGAUGCUUCUGAGGAGAUCAUGGACCGCCUGGUCAAGUCAGUGACCCGGAGCUCUCCUGCACGGCCAGCCACGGGGAAGGAGCGCAGGCGCUCGCGGGGGAACCGGAAGUCCUUGAGGCGGACCCUGAAGAGCGGCCUGAGUGACGAGCUGGUGCAGGCCCUGGGCCUGGCAGAGGCAGCUGGUGUGGCCGUGUGACGACGUGUGGCCUGUUGCAAGAGCAGCCCGCUGAGGCUCAUGUGCUGCACCCCAGUUGGAAGCAGGCGGCGGGGAGCGUGCCAGGGGAGCCAGGAGAGGCUCGUCCUCUUGGGAAGCUGCCCCUCUUCACCAGGAAGGGCCAGAGGACAGGUUCCCCAAAGAAGUCUCCUCCCCACUGGGGCGAAGGCCAGAGCCCCCCUUGCCCAUCUCGCCUUGAGGAGGGGCUGGCAAUGAGCAAGCCUGGCAUGGCCAGCGUGUGUGUGUGAAUGCUUAUGCUCCGGGCGGAGGGCUGUGGCUCCCUUUCCGGCAUCUGCCUAUGGCUGUGUCCUGCAGCGGGGAAAGGGCAGGCCUCGCGUCGCCCCUUUGGGGUGAGGGGCGGCUUUUUGGCCACCGCGUCUUGCACUGCAGCAAAGGAGAAGGGUCCCCAAAGGAGAAGGGUCUUUCUGCCCCAGCCCUGCUGCUGCCACUGCCUGUCCGAAAGGGGGUCCUCCCCCCCCAGGGAGAGCCCGACUCACUCCGGAUGGCAAGUGGACUGGAAGCGUCGCGGUCGCCAAGGGAGCCUGGCCUGUUACUGGAGUUCAGAGCUAGAAAUGAGAAGUAAAAGCUGUUACUGUGAGUCCGAUAAAGCAGGCUCGUUUCUCUUUUCCUACCCCGUUCGUCACAUUUUUCAUUCCUGUUCAUUCAGCUGUGUGAAAACUGAACCAUGCACAAUUGCCCCCAAGCGUGAAAGCCAGCAGAAAGCGGCAGUUGGCGACACUGGUCCGGGCGCUUUCCUGCCCAGCCACCUUUCUCCCACCUCCAGGGCAUGGCCAGAGCCUGCCACCGGUUGAGCCUCAGCUUUGCGCCCCACGGCUCCGCGAAGCUCCCCGGCGGAGGAAGGGAGGAACGCGGCUGCAGGAGCCGAGACCCCGGCUCUGAUUGGCCUCGAGGCCUCCGGCUAUUGGGCCAGGCAGAGGAGCAUCAACGCUCCUCGGCACAGACGCUCCUCCGCAACGGGUCCUGCAGCUGGGCGUCUGGCCAAACCCGGCUAAGUGUGAGGAGCGGUUGGCACCCGUUUCCUUUUGGAGAGGUGCAGGUAGAGUGAUGCCUCUGGGUAAGCAGCAGUAGGCAGAGCGAAGAAAAGGAGCGGAAACUAGUCAGAGAAACUGAAGACGGGAAAUAAGAGAAGGAAAGGCGGCUAAAACAAAUUGGCACACGAGGACUGCCCGCCCCCACGCCUUUUGUCAACCGCUGCCCCCCCCCCCUCCGCUGGGUCCAGACACAGCUUCAGAUUUUGCCUUUUGUGCUUUAAACUUCCCGUGUUUUGUUUCUGGGAAACUUGUCAGCGAGAACCCAACUUUCUCAGCCUGCGUCUUCCUCCUGACCCAUUCGCUCUUCAUGUACUGGUUUUGCAAGUUGACUCUUACUCGGUUCCCUCUAUAUGACCAAACCGCCUCUGCUGUACUGGUGGCUUGCUUUGUGUCCGAUCCACAUUCAUCCGGCAUUCAUUCAGUCUACAGUAUUAUUGCACAUACACACUUUUAAAGUACCCAUUCCAACAGCAUUCAGCUUAAUUCUGUGUUUCUUAUCUUCCACCUCCCUAUAAUAAAGUGAACAGAAGGACACUCUAAUCCAGAGCCAUUUUUGCAUCUUUCAAGAAAUGUUCGUCUCUCCCAAGAGGCCACAUGCUGCCCAUCAUUUUUGCCAAUGUCACAUGUCUUAAAAUUUCUCCAUCCAUUUUCCUGUCUUCAGUAAAUGUUCUUCAGGGGGACACAAA